AUGGAAGCCAACGACGGAAUGGCUGGUGAUGAUCAUCAUCCUGCUUUGUCCUGCAGUCAACAAGCCAAUCUAACAUCUGGUGAAUCCCAUCAUUCACAAUCACUGCAAACAUUGGAAGAGUCUCUUGAACAGAGAACUGAAGCAUCAAUUAAGGAUUUUGAGUCGGCAUUCGAAAGUGUUAUCAACUCAAAAGUUGAUCUUUUGCAUCGGUUUGAUGUUGAAAGAAAAAAUUUGAAAGAUACUUAUGCGAAAAGUAUUCGUGAAAUUCGCAAUAAGCAUUAUUUGUGUGAAGAGAGGUUCAAAGUUCUUAUUGAUGAAGCAAAAGAAAAAUACAUAGAACUCGAAAAAAGAAAGACAGCCGAUUUAAAGACUUAUCGAGAACAAAUAAGUUUAAAAGAUGAAGAAAUUGCAGAAACUAAAAAGCAAGCGGACUUGGUCAGGCAAGAACUUGAAAAUACUAUUGAAGAGAAAGAAAAGGAGAUUUCCACUUUGAAAAGUGAAAACAAAAAGCUAAGCUCGAAGGAGACUUUGCUUAACAAUGAAAUCAAAAAGAAAAAACGCGAGUUUGACGAAGAGCGCAGCAAAUACCUUGCCAGCCAAGCUGAGGAUAGCCGUAAAAUCGAAGAGCUGAAAAAGGAACUUAUCACUUCAAACUUGGAAGUUCAAAAAUUAAACAAAUUGAAUAUUGAUCUGAACUCAAAGUAUACCGAAUCUCAGGAAAGUUACUUCAAGUCGCAAGAAGAAUUGAGCAAGAUAAGAGAUCAAUUAAAACAGGAAGAGAAAGCAAAGCAUGAAAAGAUCAAAAUGAUUCAGUCGCUCACUGUAUCACUAGAUGAAAGCAAGAACAAAAUUGAAGAGUUACGGACAAAUGUCUCUGAACUUGAAGCAGAAACGGAAAGCUGUAAUAACCACAUUAAGGCACUGGAGACAACGCUUACCAGUGAAAAGAAUGCAUUUGAAGUGACAUUGACUGAGCUAAAUGAGGAAAAGGAACGGGUUGAGGUUGAACAUCAAGAAAAGGUUACCCAACUAAAUGAAACCAUCAAAGCAAUUCAAACUGAAUGUGAGUCUCUGAAAACAAACUUUGAACAAAAGGCAAGUGAGCUCACUUUGUCAGAGCAAGAACACCAGCUACGGGUGUCGAUUCUCACGCAGGAGAAGGAAACAAUGCAGACGAGGUUGAUCCGUCUUGAGGAACAGAUCAAGGAGCUUGAUGACAGUUUAAAUGAGUCGAACAUCAAAUACUCUUCAUCACAGGACGAUCUGAGAAAGGCGCAAGAGGAGCGAAGAAGAGUGGAAGAGGAGUUGAUCAAGGAGAAAGAUAAUUUGACGAGAACGAAUGUAGAACUCAGUCAAUUUAAAGGAAAGUGCUCCGUUUUGGAGGAUCAACUAGACGGUCUAACGAAAAAGUUUGAGGCAGAGAAAGCGGCCCGCCUUGAGAAGGCCUCUCAAAUUAGCAACUUGAAGAGCGAACUAUCCUCUAGUCAUGCGGAAGUUAGCGAACUACAAAAUGAAAUCGAUCAACUAAAGCGAUUCAAAAGGGAGACUGAAGAUCAGAGACGAGCUUUGAGGGAUCAACAUAAUGAGCUCAAAACGACCCUAGCUGACUGUUUAAACGAGCGGAAUCAGUAUAAAAUUAAGCAUGAGCAGGAGAUGUUGACAUGCGUCGAUUUAAAGCAUCAGCUCAGUUUGGUGGAGAAGAAAGUUGAAGAUAAAGAAAGCGAAAAUAAAAAGCUGGCAGCAUCGGAAAGUGCACUAAGGGAUUCACUUGAUUUGGCUAGUAAAACUCUCAAGAAGAUGAAAGAUCUAAAUGCACGGUUGAAUGAGCAAAUCUCCCGUCACCAGAAGCGAAUUGCCACACUGGAGAGCGAAAAUGAAACCCUCACUUCCGAUCAAAAGUACAGCACCCUCUCUCAGCAGCAGCAGUACGACUCUGAACAGCGAAAGGACGCCGAGUUGCGGCGGACGAAGCGGGAGAAUGAGGAGCUUCGCGAGCAGAUUGCCAGCCUGGAGCGAGAGAAGCGGCGAGUGGAGCGAAGUUACGUCAACCUGGAGAAGGACCUGUACACCUCCUCGAGAAGUGCUGGUGGUGGUGGCGGUGGUGGUGGUGCUGUGCAAAUGGGACCACUGGCCAGUCACCACCAGUACAAGCAGACGCAGACGCAUCUGCGACGGACGCCCUCACCGGCGACCACCGUCUCCGUGGCCACGAACACCACUGCCGCCGACCAGUCGUCGCUGUUCUCCGCCUCGCGACUGCUCUCCGACCCGACUGCUCUGCUCAGCAGCUCCACCACCAUUGGCGCCAGCACCAAGAUGAACUUCUCCAAGGUGACCCGCGGCCUGGAGCAGCUCGAACAGCAUCACAUGGAAAUUCAGCAGAAGGUCCUUGGCCUGGAGAAUCUAAUUGAGACGGCCAGCUCAGAGGGGGACCUCAAUGCGACCAGACAGUCGGGGGAGGACUUUACUACCGACUACCGAAUGACGAGGGUAGAGACGGGGUCCUUCAAGUCGGACAGUUCCGGCGGUCACCAUCAUCAUCAUCAUCAGCACCAGCUCGACUACAAUGGCAAUGUCAAUGAGGCGAUAGAGAGGAAGCUAAAGCUGGCGCAGAUGAAGGCGCAGAGUUUAAUUGACGCUAGUUCUAGCUUUGAAAAGGAGAUCAUCACAGAGAUGAAGUCAAGCCGAAGCAGAUCUCAGUCGUCGUUUCGGCAAAACUCGCCUAGGGUUCAGACCGAUGACUCGGAGCGAGAAGUCGUGUAA